AUUUUUUAUUCCAAUUUUGCCCAAGCAGCACUUUUUUAUUUUAUUUUAUUUUUGUUUAAUAAAAGCGCCUUUUUUACGAUUUCCCUCCUCAAAUUUCAAGCAUUGGACAACUUUCGCGGGAUCUUUGUUUUUUCAAAGUAAAUAAAGGCUGAGAUGAAGUUCAAGGCAUUUCUCACUGAACAUGGUGUGAGUCUUUUAGAAAGGCGGUUUCUACCAGCCUUAGACAAAAUGGGCAAGAUAUGCCACUUAUUCCUUACCAGAGACCAUGCUAUCUUCCUCCACAACCUUCUGAAUGGUGAUGGAGUGCAGUGCAUUGCCCAGUUUCGGAAGGAAGCUCUCUUUGAUGACUAUCGGAUCUCAAGUCAGAAUGAGGACCGCAUUGCCUUUGCAAUAGAUGUAUCUCUUCUGCUUCGUGCUGUUCGGAGUAGUGUGAGCAUAUGUACUGAGUUUGGCAAUGGGCCUUCUGCCAACCGUCUCCAAAUUAAAUUGGUUAAGAAGUUGCCUCCCAAUUGUACUCAGCCUAUGCCUUUUCUUACCUUUGAAACCAAGGGAUAUAAGUCUGCUGUCAUUCAGGAUGUACCAAUAUCAAAACCUUUAUCUAGGACUCAAGUGCUUGAGCUUCAAACUGCACUUGAUAUUGCUCAAGAUCUACCUCAGACUCUGGUUCAAGUUCCAGAUUUGAAUCAAUUGCAGAACUUUGUGGAACGGAUGAAGCAUGUUGGUGAUUUGCUAAAUGUCUCUAUAAGCAAGUAUGGAGAUCUACAUGUGCAAAUCUCAACAACUUUGAUCACACUUGGUGCCGAAUUUUGUAAAUUGUUGGUUAUUGGAGAACAAGCUGAAGCUCCAUCUGAGGAUAGAAAUCUGAGUGCUCAGUCUCGGUCAGAGAGGGCAAUCUCGAGGGGAGAUGCACAGAGUGUUCAAGUGAGUGUAAAGCACUUUUCUAGGAGCCUUCAGUGUCAUCUGGCGAAGCCUGACUGUGCUUUUUAUGGGAUUGCUCUGCAAGGUGCUUGUUUGACGGUGAUAUUUCAGUUCUUCAUUCCUGGUACACGUCAAACUGAUAAAUCAGUCAGUUUACAUUGCAGGCUUCCUGUACUUGACCCAGGGUCAAGCUGAAAGUUAAUCAGUCUGCCAACUAUGGCCACUCUAUGGCUUCAACUGUGAAAGUGAAUUGAUCUCUAAGUCAGAACUAGUGAAUUUGGAGUAGCUGGGUCUCUGGCACGCUCCGUGUAACCACUACAUUCCAGAAUCUGUAGGGUAUGUUAAGUAUGAAAAUAUUAUAACUAAUUGUGGCUUAUGUUCAAGUACAAGAUUGGAAACAUUAAUUCUUGUUAGAAAAUCUUACAGUCUUCCUUAUGUUUUGUAUAAAUGUUGGUUGCAAGACAAAAGAACAAGAUGUCAACCUGAUUGAAUGAGAAGAUAUGCUUAUUACAGUAAAGUUAAGGAUUUGACAUAUAUUGUUUGUUAAUU